AUGUCGAUGAUGCUGCCGCACACUGAUUGGAUGUGGGAACCGACUAGUGGACUUUCUGACUGUGGACUUUCGGUGACUCACUGUGAAGUCGUGGCCUCAGCUCUGAAGUCCAACCCCUCCCAUCUGAGAGAACUUGACCUGAGUGUAAACGACUUGCUGGAUUCAGGAGUGAAGCUGCUGUCUGCUGGACUGGAGAGUCCACACUGUAGACUGGAGACUCUGAGGCUGAGUCGCUGCAAUUUGUCAGAGAUCAGCUGUUCUUCUCUGGCCUCAGCUCUGAAGUCCAACCACUGCCAUCUGAGAGAGCUGGAUCUGAGUAGAAACUACCACCUGCAGGAUUCAGGAGUGAAGCUGCUGUCUGCUGGACUGGAGAGUCCACACUGUAGACUGGAGACUCUGAGGUUGAGUCUCUGCAGAUUGUCAGAGAUCAGCUGUUCUUCUCUGGCCUCAGCUCUGAUGUCCAACUCCCAUCUGAGAGAGCUGGAUCUGAGUGUAAACAAGCUGCAGGAUUCAGGAGUGAAGCUGCUGUCUGCUGGACUGGAGAGUCCAUACUGUAGACUGGAGACUCUGGGGUUGAUGAACUGCAGUUUGUCAGAGAUCAGCUGUUCUUCUCUGGCCUCAGCUCUGAAGUCCAACCCCUCACAUCUGAGAGAACUGGAUCUGAGUGGAAACAAGCUGAAGGAUUCAGAUGUGAAGCUGCUGUCUGCUGGACUGGAGAGUCCACACUGGAGACUGGAGACUCUGAGAUGGAAGUGGUCUCACUCAGAGUGAGUCCACCAUGGUCUCUGUGUUCCUCUGGAUCUGAUCAGAGGAUCAUCAGUGGAUCUGGACUCCUCCAGUCCUGCUGCUCCUCACUCCACCACCUCCUCCACCUGGACCUGGAUUUAGUUUGCUCCUUUGAUUCCUUCAUGUAUUCUGAAGCUAAAGUGUCUCUGCAGAUGAGUUCUGUUCAUGACAACAUAAUAGUAGAUGAACACAUUUAAAUGGAUGUUUCUGCUUUGCUUUCUGUUGCAGCUCCCCCCUGUGGAAAGAUGAGGUUCUGCAGUUAAUUUACACAUAUUUCUCAAUAAUAGUUGGAGUUCAUAUCACAUGUAUAAAGUUACCUUAUUACCACCAACACCAGCCUUUUCUCCUAUAAUAACAGAUACAUAUUUGCUUGUAUCAAACAGAAAGAGAAGAUAAAACCUGAACCUGAAUUCAAUUAAGGCUUCACUUUAGUUUCUCAACUGACAAAUAAAUCAGCAGCUUAAUAUUUUCAGUUUAUAUUCAUUAAUCAUGUACAAACAGGAAAAUAAUAACCCUGAAUAUCUGGUUGUUCUUUGGUUUAUUACAGUUUAAUGUUUUUAUAUAAUCAAGGUUUUUAUAUCUUUAUGUAUUUAAUGCUUUUUUUCCUUUUGGAUCAAUAAAGUUGAUUACUGAUGUAAAAUGAGUCUCAAAUGGAGCCGUGAUCUCUACAUGAAGUUACAUCCUGAGUUCUUCUGUCUGUUAAUAAAUCAAUUCAUGAAAAUGAAACCCACCUCGACUGCUGUUUAGAGCUCAGU